UGUGAAAAAGCUGGAACACACCCACCGUCGUCACGCCAUUAAAGCCUGGAAGUGGCUAAUCGUCUGAGAGAGUUGCCUGUUCGUCUUUUAUUGUGAAAGGAGUGCGGACCUAAUAAUUUAUCCUGCGAGAGGGACAGAGAAAGGAGGCAUGGCGUACCGUUCUCUCGAUGAGAUCACAGUCGAGCAAAUAAUGGCCACCGGCAUACCGUCGAGUGAGGCGGAGAGGCUCCACGGUGAGCUCACUGCGAUUAUCCUGAAGCAGGGGAGCUCUGGCCCAGGUGCGUGGAGAAGCAUAUCAAGGGGACUCCUGAAGCCUAAUCUCCCCUUCGCCUUCCACCAGAUUAUGUACUAUGGAUGUUACAAGGAUUUCGAGUCUGCUACUCCACCCGCUUGGAUGCCGGAACUAGAGGAUGCUGUUUUGACGAACAUUGGUCAAGUGCUGGAGCGUCAUGGAAAAGUUUUUCUUGGUUCUAGAUACAAGGAUCCCAUCUCAAACUUUUCAGAUUUCCAGGAGUUUUCUGUCUCCAAUCCGGAGGUCUACUGGAAUUUGGUCUUUGAAGAGAUGCAAAUAUCUUUUUAUGAGGCCCCUGCACAAAUGGUGAGGGAGCAUACUUCUUAUCCUGAUUGUCAAUGGUUACCCGCGGCUUCUAUAAAUGCUGCUGCAAAUUGCUUGCAAGCAAAUGAUAAGAAAGGCCCAGAUGAUGUUGUCCUUAUAUGGAAAGAUGAGGAGCGUGAUUCUUUGCCUGUGCAAAGCAUGACCUUGACGGAAUUACAGGCAGAAGUCUGGCUUGUUGCUCAUGCUAUUGAUGAAUUGGGCCUAGUGAAAGGGUCUUCUAUUGCAAUAGAUAUGCCAAUGACAGUGACUGCUGUUAUUAUUUACCUUGCUAUUGUUCUAGCAGGAUAUGUUGUGGUCUCUAUUGCAGAUAGCUUUGCACCCACUGAAAUAUCAACCAGGCUCACAUUAUCAGAGGCGCAAGCUAUUUUUACCCAGGAUUAUAUUGUUCGUGCUAAGAAAGAAUUGCCUCUCUAUCGGAAGGUCAUUGAUGCUCAUGCUCCGUUAGCAAUUGUUAUUGCUACAAGUGGAUCCACCAUAACAAGCUUGCGUUCUGGCGAUAUGUCCUGGCAUGAUUUCUUGGGGAGAGUUGAACAUUGCAAACACAAAGAGUAUUCUGCGGUGAAAAAACCAAUUGAUGCAUUUAGCAAUAUUCUUUUCUCUUCUGGAACUACAGGAGAACCCAAGGCUAUUCCCUGGACACAUGCAACACCUUUGAAAGCUGCUGCAGAUGCUUGGUCGCAUAUGGACAUUCGUAAAGGAGAUGUUGUUGCAUGGCCUACUAAUCUUGGUUGGAUGAUGGGCCCUUGGUUGGUUUACGCUAGUUUAUUAAAUGGGUCUGCUAUGGCACUAUACAAUGGCUCCCCGCUUGGUUUAGGAUUUGCUAAGUUUGUACAGGAUGCAAAAGUUACAAUGCUCGGUGUGGUUCCAAGUAUAGUUCGAGCUUGGAAAAAUACGAACUGCACCGCCGAUCUUGAUUGGUCCACCAUUCGAUGCUUUAGCUCCUCAGGGGAGGCAUCGAGUGUGGAUGAGUAUUUAUGGCUGAUGGGAAGAGCACAUUACAGACCAGUUAUAGAGUACUGUGGUGGCACUGAAAUUGGAGGCGGAUUUGCUUCUGGAUCCCUAUUGCAGCCUCAAGCUUUAGCUGCUUUUAGCACUGCUGCAAUGGGCUGCAGUUUAUUUAUACUUGACAGCAAUGGGAUUCCUCUUCCACAAAACACACCUGCUAUCGGUGAACUUGCCCUUUUUCCCAAAAUGUUUGGGGCUUCUACAACAUUGCUAAAUGCUGAUCAUUAUGCAGUUUACUUUGAAGGAAUGCCACUCUGGAAAGGAACACAACUUCGCCGCCAUGGAGAUGAAUUCGAGCGCACAACUGAUGGAUACUACAGGGCACAUGGCCGCGCUGAUGACACGAUGAAUCUUGGUGGUAUUAAGGUUAGUUCUGUUGAGAUUGAGCGAAUAUGUAAUGGAGUAGAUGAAGAAAUCCUCGAGACUGCUGCAAUUGGCGUGCCACCUGCUGGUGGCGGUCCUGAGCAGUUAUUUGUUGCUGUUGUCUUCAAAGUUGAAAAGUCUUCAGAAGAGAAUUUGGACCGGCUUAAAGUUUCCUUCAACUCUGCCUUGCAAAAGAGAUUGAAUCCUCUAUUCAAAGUUUCUGUGGUGGUGGCUGUACCAGCACUGCCAAGAACAGCUUCAAACAAAGUCAUGAGAAGAGUUCUAAGGCAACAAUUUGUGAAGCUUUAUUCGCGCUCUAAGUUCUAAUUUUGCUGUGCUAUGUUUUGUUGGCUCUCAUGAAUAUUAUCCAAUUUUGUGAAGGAUGUUCAUAGCCUGUAUUUUUUGGUAAUAAGUUGUUUAUGAUGAUGAGAGAUUAUGAAGUGAGAUACUUUGAAGGUGUUGGAAAGAAAGAGUGUGGAUAUUAUUAUGUUUUUUUUGCUAUUGGUUAUCUAAUGCUUGGAUUCCCUUUUGGUAA